AUGAGACUCUCGUUACAAAUCGUGUUCAUGAUGAUCUUUUCCAUCGUUCAUGCUGCUACUACCACUAGCUCGGUAUCCGCAUCAACUACAUCUGUUGAACCAACCAUGGUUUGGGUCACAGGUACCGACUCAUUAGGGAUCCUUAGAACUACACAAGCCACAUACUCUCAACUCUUCCAAUCUUUGUGGACUAGUACUACUACAGUUCCAGCUGGUUCAGUUGGUAUGGGUUCUAUUUCUGGUACCGUUGGUAAAGUUAGAACAUAUUCUAAAACUACCGAAAGUGCUAAUGGAGGAUUGCCAUUAUCGCCCCCAGGUACUGGAUGGUUACCGGCUAAAGGAACUAACCCAAUUGUGGUUAGCUUGGCUGCAUGCUUGGUAGCACUUGGUGCCACCUUAAUUAUCCUUUGA